AUGGGACUCUUCAGCCUCUUUUCCAGAUCAUCCGCAAGCGAAAGCAGUGCACGUACAUGGACUCUUGCAGGCCAUGCGAAGUUACGUGAUGCUCAGCACCGUCAGUGUACAGGGUUGCCAAGUGAUAUCAAUCAUGAUCUGUCCAUUGGAAAGGGAUCCUAUUCCGCAUACGACGAGCAGUCCAGAGAAAGCCACCCUAAUCCCCUACGACAAGAAAACCCACAGGCGCAGCAUGCACCAACGCCUGUGCUGGAAGACAUCUUCCCUCAAGUAGACACCAAUGACACCAAAGUUGCUUCCUUGGACUCGCCUGCCGAUUCUCUGCAUUUGGUCAAAGGCUCUGGACGCUUUGUGACCUUCCUACUUUCCCGCAAGUCUCGACGCCAAAAGUCUCCGUUGAGUGCUCCCAAGCUGCACAAUGGUCGUGUUGCUGGGGGUUCGAAAUGCUGCAACCAUAAGUGUACCGUAAAUGAUAGUACUGGAGAUCAUCGAAGCGCAAAUGGGCGGAGGCUACUUCAGAGCCAGAAUAGCCUAAUGGGGCCUUACGAAGCCAGAAAGGCUAGCGACAGGACCACACUCUCUCACAAGUCUGAUCUUACAAGCGUGACUGUAUCUCACCAUCCGUCAAAACACACCUUAGCGCCUAUUGCUCUCUGCCACAGGGAAAGUGUGCGUCAGAACCCGGUCGAUGAGCUUGGGGAGCCCUGUCGUCGAGUAUCAAGUUAUUACCCCUUCUUAGAGCCAUCGGUGACUACUACCAGCUCCGCAACACAAGCUAGCUCGUAUUGUGGUGACAUGAAUCUCGAGAUCGCUCAAAUGGCUGGAAUAUUUGCAAAAAGUGGAAACCCCUUCGAUCAAGAAUCUUUCCGCGACCAUGAAAACCUAUCAUUCGUCAGUUCGUCCCGCACCGUGUCGAGAGAUAGCACUUGGUCGCUUCACAUCGAUCGACACACAGCCGCUAUCGCCUUCAAUGAGCUUGCCGCUCAGUUACAUCUAGAUCCACUGGACUUGGACCAAUGUUACCCUGAUAAAGUCCCAGUCAAUAAUCCCAUGAUUAGAGACAGCGAGUGCCCACGACGCCGCGAUAGGGUGCUUGGUCGGAUUCGAGUAAUGCGAUCAACCCUUCAUAUGAAAGCUCAGCCUGCCGUGACCCAUUCACGAACGCUGCGUCGGAUGAGAACAUUUGCCAAUUUCUCUUCCCGAUCCUGCGAUUUGUCUGCACUGAAAGGCAGGUCUUUGGAGAGUCUAGCUCGGCUAGGGGGGCAUAGCUUUCUCAACCUUCCAGUGGAGUUUGCACCGGCUACCCUCAGGCUACCGACAUGUUUCGUCGCGACUAUUUCCUAUUUGAAAUGCUUUGCAUUGUCCACACCAGAAGUGUUCUGUAACGCGGGCGACUUCAAAAUGGCCGCCCGAAUUUACGAUUACUUUGCGAAACAGGUGCUGUCCGCUGAAAAUGUGCGUGAUAGGAUUGAGACAACGGUCCGGCGUGGCGAACUACCCAUCGAUUUGAUCGGAAUGUUCGACCACGGUGCUUCCCGUAAAUUCUCUUCGCAGGUUCUCAGUGUUGGCUGGGUAUUCAAGGCUCUACUCGCCGGACUGCCGGGCGGAAUCCUGGGGUCGGCGCGCUUGUACCGUGUCCUCGUUAGCAUUUGCUACGGGCGUAUCGCGGAGAGCAAUGAGCGCAAUGGCGACGGUGGCGGUGGCCUCUCUCCCCCAGGUCACACGAAGCUGCAAGCGAUCGGUCUUGCUGUCCUGGCGCUCACCACGCCCAUGCAGUUGAAUCUCAUCUGCGCCUUUUUCGGGCUCUGUGCGAUGCUACAGUACGAGACGGAGCGCGCGGGUGUAGUCGAUGAACUCGGGGGCGACGCUGGCCGAAGUGGCCUCACCUUCGGGCUGUCGAGUGUGGAGCGCCUCGGCCAUGUUCUUGGGCACUGUUGA